ACGACCAACACACGGGACAAUAUGCCUAGAGGUUUCCUGGUUAAGCGAUACGUCAAGGGAUUCUGCCCUUCUUGGUGGGGGGAUGACAAAGAAGGCAACGCAGAAGCCAUCUAUCCACAUUCUCAAACAGUUUGCAGCCCUCUGGCUUAUCAAGAAGAGCCGUUAGAACUGACUAAAAAUGUUAAGGAGACCCCCGAAAUCGUGGCACCAACGGAAACGUCCAAGAAACGUUCCUCCAGCGGGGAGAGCAAGCCAAAAAAGUCGAGAGCCAACCGAAAGUUGACAUUCGACGACGACAAAAUCUCUCCGGUUUCCGGGACCUUCAUACGCGAUUCGGACAGCGAAGACGAUCUUCCCAUCUCUAUGAAGAGGGGUGACAUCGAUCCCAGCCUCAACGUGGUCAUCGUGACGGAGGAAGCACGAGCCGAGUUGGCAAAGAUCGAGAACAAAAUCGGCGAUUACGUUUGCCAACUGUGCAAGGACCACUUCGCCGAUGCUUUCGGUUUGGCGCAGCAUCGAUGCUCCAGGAUCGUCCACGUGGAGUACAGGUGCCCCGAAUGUGACAAGGUCUUCAACUGCCCGGCUAAUUUAGCAUCACACAGAAGGUGGCACAAACCGAGACCGUCGUCCACCGGACAGAACUGUAAAUCGCCACGCGACAAGGACAGUGAUUCGGAUAGCAUCUGCGAUUCUUCCUCGCCCGGUUUGAGCCCACCUUCCAAAAUUCAGAGAAUGGAAGAAGAACUGUACGACUGCGAUAGGUGCGGCAAGAAAUUCCGCAGGAAGGCCUAUCUUCUGAAGCACCUUCAGAGCCACGAAGUGGAUCCGCGACCGAAACACCCGCUGAUGCACCACCAUCUCCAGCAACCUAACUGUCUCAGCCAUUUCGCCAUGACCGAAUUUCUGACGUGUACCUACUGUUCCAGCAUAUUUACCAGUACCGCCGGACUCAUGCACCACGUGGCAAAGUUCCACUCCGCAGAUGGUCCUCAUCACUUGAUGCUAUCUUUGGCAGUAAGCGGCUGAAUCCGUCCCAAAUCUGGAUCCGUGGGGGAUGCUUCGUAAAACUAUAUAAAAAUAUACAUAAAUAUAUAUAUUAUAGGAUGCAAAAUUUCGGCUUCCUGCAGUAAGUGUCAUAUCAUUUUUCUCAGCUUUAUUAAGUUUUGUCUAUUUUUUUUUUUUAUGGCGCUUAAUGGUAUCUUGUACUGUACAGACGAAUCUAGUCCGAUCUAGUCUUGCACUAAUGAUCAAAUUUAACUGUCAGUUCGAACUGUGAUCGAUAUUUUUUUAAAAAAAAUACCUUCUCUAGUCUUCUAUAGUCGAAUCUAACACGGGGACCAACGUUUAAUAUAAUCAAAAAAAAGGUGAAUAUAUGAUAAAAGAUCUGUUAUUGUUGACGUGUCUAUGCAUCACACAGACGAUAUUUUUCUUAUUUUUUUUUUUAUCAGAUUCUAUAUAUUAAAGGAUAGAAAAAGUCUCUAGAAGGGGUCAUUCCCUAUUUAAAUUCAGGAAACUAAUACAUUCUUAGAGGCUCAAACUUUAAUUAAGACCGUCUCCUUGGUAUUUACGAACAUAGAUUAUAGUUUAAUUUAGGCAAAUAUGGUAGGAUAAAAAAGGGUCCAAACUUUCUUAAAAUUAGAAAUUCUAAUUAGGAAGAAGCUUAAAAUGAUUAAUUUUCUUGAGAUUUCCACGAAAAAGUAUUUUGUAAUACGUAAAAAACAAUUUAAAUUUCGUUAAACGUCAGAACAUUUUCAACAAUUUAACGUUUUUAGGUUAGGGUAGAAGGGUAGAAAAAUUCAUUAUAAGGAGGUUAAAACAGUUAUACAAUGCUUCAAAUUCUCCAAAAAUUCUAAGAAGCUCUAUAAGAAUGGUGUUAAAACCUUCUUAAUAAAGAAGAAUAACACUAAAAAACAUACGCAAUUAGUUUAGUAAACAGAAGAAUUAACACUUACAAAACGAAUUAUAUGUUUAUAUAUAUAUAAAAAGGCUUUAAAAUUAUUUUAAAAAUUAAUUGAGCCUCGUGAA